AUGGAUAAAAGUUUAUUAGAUGAAUCGAUUACUGACUUCGAAAUAGAAGAACUUUCUGAGGUUUUGUGCAUGGAUGAAAACCUCAAUUGGAUUUUAACACAAGCUGCAAAAAUAGGUCACGACGAAAUCAUUCAAAAAUUAGUUUCAGUUGGAUUAAAAAUGUCAAGACUAAGCGAUUCAAACUGUGAAACGGCGAUUCAUCAUUUGAUCUUGAAUCGAUAUCGAUUUUUAUUGAGACCACUUAAAGCCCCGUCGUCAAUAAGUAAUAAUGAUAAAAUUAAAAUUAAUUUGCUAUUCCAAAUCUACGAUGAAGUCAAUUAUCAAGAAAAGUGGGGGUUAACGCAUUUUCAUGUGGCUUGCUGGGUUGGUCAAGUUGAGAUGGUCAAAAAAUUUAUCGAUCACGGUAUUGAUCUAAAUUGCAAAAAGUAUUUCGAAAUGAGUCCAUUAGUUUCGAUAGUAGAUUCUAAUUGUUGCAAAAUAGCCGAAUUGUUAAUGAAAAAUGGUGCUGAUCCAAAUUUACUGGUUAAUCCAUCGUUCUUGAUCUGGGUUAUUAAGUACAAUAAAACAGCAUUGAUUGAAAUUCUUUUAAAGUAUGGGGUAAAUCCAAACAUGCCUGAUGAAGAUGGCAAAGUACCUUUGCACUGGGCCAUUUCACUUGGAAAAGAAGAGUUAGUUGAAAUACUUUUACAAAACGGCGCUGAUUCAAAUAAAACUGACCCAGAAACUUUGAUGACACCUUUGCAUAUGUCGGUUUCCAAAAGCAGUGUGAAAACCCUCGAAUUACUUUUAAAGAAAAAUGCCAAUUCAAAUAUAUUUGAUGACCUAGGCCGAUCCCCUUUGCAUUAUGCUGUUGAUUGUGACGAAAUUAAAGCCAUCGAAACGCUGUUAAAAAAUGGAGUAGAUCCAAAUUUGCGCGACAAUGAUGGAGGAAAUUCUAUUCACAGAAUUUGCAAGAAUUCAGUAAAAUAUUUACAUCAUAAUCAUUACGAAGAAUCUAUUCCUCUUUUAAUCAAGUACAAAUGCAACAUAAAUGCUAAAAACGGAAAAGGAGAUACACCACUGUUUACGUUGUUCGAUAUUUAUAACAGAUUGGAAGACUCGUUUGAAGAAAAGAAAAAUACAAUAAGAAGGACUCAACGAAAUAUUAUGAAAAUUUUGCUAGAAAAUCAAGCAGAUAUUUCAAUUGUCAACACCUAUCAGCAGACAAUAUUACACGUUGUUAUAGAUUCUUACUUACCAGUACCAUUUUUGGAUGUAAUUGAUUUUUCUCGAUAUGAACGUUAUGACUUUGAUUCAGUGGAAUUCCCAGAGGAAAUUAGAACUAGAAAGGUCGAAAUGUUGCUGAAUAGCGGAGCUGACAUAAAUGCCAAAGACAAAUGGGACCAGUCACCACUGCAUAUUGCUGUAUCUCAUUUUAAUUACGACGUAGUCAAGCUACUUUUGAAAUUUGGAGCCGAUGUUACUAAUAUUUUUUUAGAUAAAAAUAUUUUCAAAAGUAUCAGAAAUUUACCACUGGGUUGUGAGAGUGUACUAAUUUUUUUGGAUAUAAUAGAGCUUCUGGAAAAAGAAAGUUAUAACAAUAAGUUUUCUGAUUGGGAUGUGCAACAUUUAAUUCAGCCGGAUUACAAACUUAAUCAACUAACAAGAGCUUUACAAACAAGUUCAGGAUCAUAUAUUCAAAAUUUCAUCGAUACUUUACUUGAUAAGAUGAAAGACACGAUUAUUGGAAAUCAACGCGUAAAAAAAUGUAUACUUUUGAAAAUUUUCGAGUAUAUAGCAACUAUUAAAAUUGGCAAAAUGCAUUUUGAUCCAAAAACGGAAUAUUAUCUAACCAAUAAGAUUUCCGAAUUAGACGACAAAUUUCCAAGACCAGAAGAGGAAUUUAGUAGUUUCAAAAUUGGUCGAAUUAAGUCAGAAUUUGAAUGGGCUAAAACUACGAUGAUAAGGGACCGCGUGUCUAUUUAUCAAAUUUGCACUUCUAGCCCUGAGCAAAUCUAUGCGCUACUAAUCGAUUCAAAUUAUAAGUCAGUUGUAUGGUCAAAAAAUUUCAAACAUAAAUUUUGUUACACUGCAGAUAUCAUUAGGGGGCUUCAUUUUGCUACUAAUAUUUUAGAUUUUUUGAGAGUCAAACACAUAACAAAAAUUAUCAGAGAUGAACACAGAUAA